AUGCUUCACAUCCAUCCAUCCAUACAUAAGAAGAACUGGAUCAUUGUGUUUGGUGACCUGGAUGAAAAAGAAUGUGAGAAGGAUAAAUGUUCUAAAACAGCAACUCCUGAUUUCUGCAACAAGUUAAUAUGCUACACAAAGAGUGAUAUUAAACUCUUCAAGGAGAAAUUACCUUUAUUCCAAAAGGCAAAGGAAAAGCUGAGAGACAUGGAAAAGAUCAUGAAGACAAGCCAAGGAUCACCAGGUUAUCUUUUAUCAUAUAUCAUGCAUUCACCGAAACACACGGUUGGGAUCUUCUCCAGAUCGGGGCAGGAUGAAUACUCCUGGCUGCAGACCCUGCUCAGAUCUAAGGGGUUCAGGGACUGCGUUCAGGAGGUCAGACCCUGUUACAUCUCUAACUCCGGGUACCGUCACUUCACACAGGACGUGUCUCAAUGCACGUUCGGGAUCCUGUAUCACACCAAGAACAGAGGGAGGAUUAAUAUCACUGAUGUGAUGGACUCUCUGUACAACAAAGAGCUGAAAUAUCUGUCUGAUACACUAGGUAAGAGAUUAUUUAUUGUCCCCAUGCAAGGGGUUUUCUUUAACAUAUUCCAGGAGCAUUCCCCACUGGACCUGAGAGGGGACUAUGUAAAAGUACAAAGUACACACUGUAAUGGCAUUUAA